ACAACAACAUGCCCUUUUAACCCAGUCGGUAGCGGGCUGGGCCAACAGUGGUAUCAGAGCCGGGUUCGAAUCUCAGUGUGCGCAGAGGAGUCGCCGGGUGCCCAAACAGUCCCAGUGAGGGGGAAGACGACCCCAGUGAGGGGGAGAUUGUUGGUGGGGCACUGGGAUCGUCCUACAGUUGAGUGUGGGAGGGCUACAGACGAGCGCUAUUGUGACUCCGACGGCUACACCGCUGCCGACCAAGUGGACGACGAUGGCGACGAGGACACCGAAACACCUGCAGACGGUGCAAACAGGAGGGGCAAGGGGAAGGUGUCCGGCGCGAGACAAGCGAGUCGAUAUUGGGAGGAGGACGAGCUUGCAGAGCUUGCGGCGGCAAUGUGGGCAGCGAAAGAAGACUUCGACACGCUGAGGGGCAAGCAGGGAGGGCAGCCAUGGAAGAAGCUACGCCGCGUGCUGCGCGAGGCGAAUCCCAACUGCCAUGGGAAUGAUCACGGCACCAUCACCAUUCCCCUGCUGAUGGUCAUGAGUGACGUAAGCAGGUGGCAGUUAGCGGCAGUCACGGGUAAGCCCGGUCGCCGCGCCCCCGGUGCCUCUGCUGCCGCCGCCACUGCGCCGCUCUCCCUGCCCUCCUCCUCCCCCUCCUCCGCCGCUCCUGCUCCUCCCCCCGCUUCGCGCCCUCUCCCCCAACCCGCCGCGGAUAAGCCGCUUUCCUCCGCGCAUCCCUCGCAACCACUGCCGUCCUCGCAGCCGCACCGCAAGGGCCGCCAUGCGCCGUUUCGCUUCCCCGCGCGCGCCGCCGUGUCCGCCCGGGCGCGCGCGCUCUGCUACUACGGCGCGCUCACCGUGGCGGCGGCGCUGUUCCUGCUCGUGUGGGUCGCCUUUCAGCCCGACGCGCCCCCGCUGCCCGACGCCCGUGACCUCUCUGGGAGAGCCUUCCUCCACCGGUCACACGAAACUUUUCGAGGCUGCCCGGUGUGCGGCAAGGGCGAGGUGAAGCUCGCGCCGCUGGUCCGCCCGCUGUCGGCGCGCGGCGCCAAGGUGCGCCUGUGCAUGGGCAGCGCCGCCGCGCCGUUCGCGCAGGGCGCGUUCGUGAGCCGCCCCAUGGAGGGCCGCGAGGGGGCGAGCUUCGGGCCGCGCCUGGCGCAACUGACGGUGUUCGAGGCGGAGGCGCGCCACGAGGCCGCGGGGGGAGGGGCGGCGGGGGAGGAGCGGGCGGGCAGCGGGCAGGCGGGCAGGCAGCAGCGGGGAGGGCCAUCGGCGGGGGCGGUGGCGACGUCGCUGCGGCUGCUGGCGUUUCUGGAGGACGAGGAGUCGAUCCGCAAGACGCAGUGGGAGGGGUGGGGCGCGGCGGAGCUGAGCGACGUGUACUGGCGGGGCGGGCUGCAGCUAAAGUGUCUCGUGUGGCCCGGCCACGACCCCGCGCUGCAGGCCGUGGCGCCUGCCUACGUGGUGGACGCCGUCAUCCGCCACCGCUACAACUGGCACAUCGCGCUUGAAUGCCCGCUCCCGCCAUACCCCUCCCCUGCGUCCUCCUCCUCCUCCUCCCCCACGGACCCCUCCGCCGACCCCGCGGUGCCAGUACGCGUGCGUGUGAGUCGGCGCGAGGCACGGCGGCACUACGUGCAGUACUCGCAGCGCGUGCAGGUGCAGCUGGUGGCGGCGGAGAAUGGCACGGACCUGCGCAUGCCGCCGCUGCUGCUGUGCCGCGCCGACAGUGACGGACGCAGUGACGCUGCGAGCAGCGGUGGCAGCGGCGGUGAGAGCGGGCGCGAGCGCAGCACCCGCACCGCCACUGACAGCCUCUCUAACCCGCCUGGCGGCCUCCCCCCGCCGUUCCCCUUCGCCGCGGUGGAGAGAGAGGUGGCUGCCGCGGCGAAUGCAGGCUCGGCAGGAGGUUCGGCAGGAGGCUCGGAGCUGGCGAGGCUGAUGGGGACUGAUGGAGGGGCGGAGAAAGGGAGAAGGAGGAGGACGGGGAGAGGGGAGGCGGGGGCUGAUGGGGAGGAGGUGGAGAGCUCGGAGGAGCUUUUAGUGAACUAUAGUGACGAAGCUAAUAAGGAGGAUGAGGGCAGCAGCAGUGUGAGCAGCACGCCUGCUGCCUCCAGUGCAGCGGGCGGCAGCAGCGGGCGCGGCAGGAGCCACCCCAUGGGCGCGGUGGCGGUGUGCCUGCGUCCGUUCCACACGCGGCAGCUCUUCUCCCACGACGUGGCGUUCUCCGACGCGCGCCUGCUGGAGUGGAUCGACGCCGCGCUGCUCAUGGGCGCUGACCGCCUCUACGUGUACGACCGCUACGGCAGCACCAAGCACGCGCUGCUGGCCCGUACACGGAGCGCGGGCAGGUGGUGCACGUGCCCUUCCCCCCCUGGAGCGAGGUGUUCUACCGCCAGGGGCUCUAUGCCGGCAAGGCCAGAGUGCCAGCACUGUCUCCGUCGCGAGGCACCUCCCCUGUUCCCGGAGAUCUACGACCAGAUCCUCUCGUACGAGCAUUGCCUCAUGCAGGGCCGCCGCCGCAACGACCGCUGGCAGUUGCACAUCGACAGCGACGAGUUCAUGUGGUACGAGCCGCGCUCGGGGGCGUUCCUCAAGCCGCUGCUGGCGCGCCUCGAGCUCAACCACUCGCGGGCCCAACCCCGCGGCAGCACCGAGCCUCUCAGGGUGAUCCAGCUGCGGCGCUUCAACUUCUGGGGCGUGGACGCGCAGUCGCGGCGCGAGCCCGUGCUGGACCGCCUCACGUGGCGCUGCGCGCAGCCCAUGUGGCACACCGAGGGGUGGGCCGGCUGGCAUGACAAGCUGGCAGUCAACCCGCACACCAUCCUGCCCUACUCCGUGGCCAUCCACACGACCACGGCUCCCCCGCAUCGGUGGCGACGGCCCCGCGGGACGUGCUGCACCUGAACCACUUCACAGCGGUUGCCAUCGACCUGCAGCAGCACCCCUGCCGCUCGUGGGUGAAGCCCGUGCUGGACCAGGGCCUCACCUGGGUGCUGCCCCGCACCCUCAAGUGCCGCGCCCUGCCCUGCCGCCCCUCCACGCCCGUCGAGUGCUGGCCCUUCUGCUCGCUGCCCUGGAGCAAUGGCGGUGAGGGCAGGGGGCGCACUUCCCGGGGGGGUGGUUGGGGAGUGGGGGUUAGAAGGGAGAAUGUAGAUAGGGAGGGAGAGAGCGAAAAGGAGACUGUUGAGGAUACUAUGUAGCUGGCAUAUGAUAGCAUGUAGUCAUGUGUUGGUGUCUUUAGGCCGUUGUACGAUUAUUCUUGAGCUCUCCAUCGUCUCUCGC